AUGUCACUGAUCUUCAGGUUAUCCAUAUAAUAUAAUACAUUCGCUUAUCUCUUCCCAUCAAUUUUUAUUCUUUCAUCAUCGUUGUCCAUAAAUGGAUAUUAUUGAAACAAUUAAUUAGUAAUGAGGAAAAAUUCGAAAUUACAAAUCAUAAGUUUUUUACAAUUAAAUUACAAUUUGUUACGUAAAAUACGUUUUGUUGACAUUUUCUGAUCUAAACGUGCGAAAUUACAAAUAUGUCAGAUAGCAUGGAACGAGAUAAAGUUGAGAUGUUCACAUCUAAAGAAAGGGAAGAAGAAGAAGAAGAAAUGAAACGAGAACUUAUAGAUAUGAAAAUGUAUGAGACAUGGUAUACUUACAAAGAUAUGAAAGAAAUUUUAGGGUUUAUUAAUGAAUCUAAGGAUAUGGCAAAUAUGACUAAUGAUGAAAAAGAUACACAAAAGGAAUUAAUCCAAUCUACUAGUGAAUGUACCUCCGAGGUAAUGCUCAAGGCAAAUUUAGCACAAGAAUUGGAGAUACAAGAACACAAUGAUGCAACUCAGUCGAUACAUUCUUAUAAACCUAAUCAUACAUCACCAAUACAUGAAAGAACAUCUUCACAUGGAUGUAGCAAUUCUGAUCUUGCCGCUGCUAUUGCUGAUUCAAGAAACCCUAUGUACAGAGGGAAAAAAUUUGAUAGCAAAGAUACAUUUAUUAGAUUACAAGACAAUUCAAAUAUCCGAGAUAAUUAUUCUCAUAGCACGAGUAAAUAUAUUUCUUUAAAAUCAAAAAAUUCUUUACAAGAUUCAGAUAUUAUAAAUAGCGCAGAAACAAAAAUGGACACAAAUUCUGAAUGUGAUCAAAAAUUGGAUCGAUGGCAAAUUAAUCCACUUGAUUCUUGUGUUAGCGAAAACGAUGUGCCUUUGCAAGAGCCAAAUCGGCCAGUAGUUGAAGAUCGCAUGCCAUUUAGAUUAUGCAAAGAUGCACAAACACCUGAGACGCUUGAGAAGUUACUGCCUGAAUUAAACUUUUAUUUGAAACAAACAGCAGAGUUGUGGCAUAGUUGGCACCGUACUACCGAUACUAAGUUUCAAUGGGGGUCACCCAUUCAGGUGGGUCUUGCUAAAGAUAAUUUGGAUAAAAAAUUAGUAAAAGAUAUUAAGACUGAUCAGAAUCAGAUGGAAUGUACAAACAAACAUAGCAAUGAACGACCUCAUAAACGUAAAUCAACUAUGAUUCUUUCUUCUUUCUCUGAUAUAACAUAUUCUAGCAGUGAUGAGGAUGAAAAUACUAUUAAAAAAAAGAAAAUUCAGUCUCAUGAAGAUACAAACAGGGUAUUACGUUCAAAUAAAAUGGUAUGUACUGCUAGAUGCAGUGAAAAAAAUACAAAUUUAAACCAAGACAGUGAUAGCAGUCUCUUAGCAGAUAAUAUGGAAACUGAAAAUUUUAAAGCAGAAUGUAAAAAAGAAUCUAAAGAAUAUUUAUCAUCUGAAUCAAUUACCUUAUGUCCAAAAAAAGUACCUCACAAUGUUAGAAGAAGUAUUACUAAAAGGAGAGAACAUGUUAUUAAUAUGUCUUCUAGCAGUCCAUUAGCACAUAGUAGCAAUGAAAAACAAAAUGCAAUAACUUUAAUAUCUAAAAAUAAAAGUAGUAUUCUCACUGAUGAAAAAAUUCUCAUAGAAUUAGAAAAUGAUAAUGCUAACGACAAUGUUAAAACAAUGUUUGAGAGUACAGGAACUAAACCAUUACCAAAGAAAGGUUUUUCAAGUAGAAUAAACAAUGUAUAUGUUUCUUUGGAAAAACUUCAGCUUGAAAAACGAAAAAGGCAUGAAAUUGAAAAGGAAGAAGCUGAGAAAAAGGAAGCUGACCAAAAGAAAAAGAAAGAAGAAUUUUAUAAAAAACAAUUAGAAGGAAGGCAAAGAAAAGAAAAGCAAAGAGAAGAGGAGGAAAAGCAUAAAGAAGGAAAAACCAAAAAGUGGAAUACUAUAGUAGAAGUGAAAUCUUUAAAAAAAACUAACAAAGAUGAAGAAAGAUUACGGGUUUUAAAUAGACAAAUCAAGUGUACAACAUCAGUAGAGGAUAAUAUGUUGUCCGAGGACGAUAGUACUUCUGUAUCUAGAGAAAUGAAGAUAACAGAGAAUAAUCUCACAAAUAAUGUAAAUUGCCCCAUUUGUAAUAAAUCUUUUCCAAGUAAUAAAAUAGAAACACAUGCUGCUGGAUGUGAACAAUAUAUAUCUGAUAAUGAAUACGAAAAUGAUUUAUAUAUAGUGGAAAAUAAAUCAUCACCAAUAAGCAUUAACAAUACUGAAAUUCUUGAAUGUGGUGUUUGUUCAAAAUAUAAAACCACUAACGGAAUACAUUAUGAAGAUCAUGUUAAUAGUUGCUUACAAAGACAGCAUGAAGAAGAAUCGUCAAAUGAAUAUUCAAGCAAUGAAACCAGUAACAUUCCUAACUCGCCUAUUCGUUGUUUCCGACCAAUUAGUGAACAAACUCAUUCACAUAUAGAUUAUAGAAGACAAUUCUCCUCAGACAGUAAAAGACAAAUAUAUCCUAGUAGAAAAAGAAAACGUUAACAAGUACUACUGCUAUUUUUAAAACAACAAAUGUAUAUGUAUGUAUGACAUAUAUAUACAUUGAUAAAAGAAUUGAUAUUCUAUCAUGCUAUUAAUGGUACUGUUAUACCAUUCAUAUCUAUCAGAAAAAUAUGAAAAAAUAUGAAACAUACACCUCACAUUUCUUAUAAAAUACAUAACAUAUAAUUAUUUUUGCGUUUAUUGUAGCAUUCCAUUUUUUGUAAACAUUUAUAUAUAUGUGUGUAUUCUUUUAUUACAAACAUAUUUAUUACUUUGGAUCAAAACUAAGUUAAAAUAUUUUUAUUUACUUUCUGUUCAUUAUCAAAUAACAAAGUAGUGAUUAAAAUCAGAAACGUUAUUAAAACAUCAGUUUAUUUCUUUGUGGGUAAUUAAUUGUAUAGUUCGCACAGUAAAUUUAAAUAACAUGAAUUAAAGAUUCUUGUUAAAAUGCUUAAAUAAAACUGCGUUUGAUAAAAAGGAACGUAUAAGAGAUUAAAUAUAUAAUAUCAAGUUUUGUAGAUCAGUUGUAAGCAUUUAUACUGUAUAGUAAAAUGUAUUUUUUUACAAAUGAUUCUCGUUGUGAAUAAAAUAUUAUAUUAUGUC